AUGACUCCAGGGAUAUUUGACGAGUUUGCGAACAAGGGAAAUUGCAAAUGUGGGGAUGAUGAAAUUCAGAAUCAGAUGGUUGACUUUAUCCUUGGGGAGACCUACCGGGACAUCAACCUUGACGAGAAUCCAUGUGUGUUUCCCCGUUGCGGCCACUUCUUGACAGUUGAGAAUAUGGAUGCCCAGAUGGACAUGAAGAAGUACUACGUUCUUGACGCACGGGAGAAGCCAAUUGGGAUUGCCGCAUCAAUGGAGCCGUUCUCCAUGGACAACAUCAAGACGUGUGCCAGCUGCCGUGGGCCCCCUGAGAGAUAUCGCCCGAUACGGACGAUUGCGCAGACCCUCCCUCGAUGCAUACGACAGCUCCAGGCAUCGACAAAUGAACAACCUAUUGCCUGGCCGGCCACUGUCAAGAUCGCGGACAACCAGCAAGAGACGAUGGCGGUACAUUCUCGAUCUACGGCGGGAGGGAUCAAGAGAUAUAUGAAGCAAGUAACGCCCGAGGAGCAGCCGUACAGUAAAGUACGCAACUUGGUAGGCAUCGCUCGUCGUCGGAAGGAUGCCACCGAGAGUUUUGAGCCUGCGAACGACAUCCUUCAGUUGAAGGGGUCGGUUCAAGCCAGCGCGCUCACUCUGCGUCUGGAUAUCGCCUUGCUCGCUGACUUUCUCAAGCUUCAUCGUGAGGCCCCGAAAGAGACCCAUAGUGCGGUUGAGAUGGAUCUCUCGAAGAAUCGCGACCAAUGCAAGGCUCUCGUGAAGACAGCGGAACUUUCGAAUCACAUUGAUCACCAGACGGAGGGCUAUAUCUUCCUCGCCCAGCUCCAUGCUUUUGAGAGAUCGUAUGCAGCCUCGCCUGAGUUGAUUGAGCAAUGCGUGACCCGUGGCUUGAUGGACGAAGUCCAAAGUGUCGAGAGGAUGCUUCUCGGUGCGACGUUCUAUACCCCCGUGACCAACGACGAACGCAUGGCGGUCAUUACUGCCAUGGCGCAGGAGUUCCGUGGCACGGGGCAUUGGUACUACUGUCGCAACGGCCAUCCCUUCAUGAUUGGGGAGUGCGGCAUGGCGAUGGAGAGGGCCGUAUGUUCGGAGUGUGGGGAGCCCGUCGGUGGACAGAAGCAUAUCGCUGCCGAGGGCGUGACGCGUGCGGCGGACUGGGAGGACAGUUUGGCGCGGCUGAACUUACAUUAAGAUUUUGUCUCGUUCUUGGAUCACGAAGAUUUGC